ACAUCUCAUAUAUUAUAUUCUGUUUCAUCCUCUUUGUCUUUUCAUAUUUAUAUUCUCGCUUCUAGCAGUGUUGCUGUGUUUCUUUCAGCCUCAAGUUGCUUCUCCUUUGAGCCAAAGGAGCCUCCUUUUUGUUUUGUCCCUGCUCUCUCUGACCAUUAUACAAUGUCGGGUUACAGAGACGAGGAUCCUCGUAUCAAUGGCAUCAGAACUAAGAUUCGUGUCGUCCCCAAUUUUCCCAAACCCGGUAUUAUGUUCCAAGACAUCACAACUCUUUUGCUCGAUCCAAAAGCCUUCAAGGACACCAUCGAUUUGUUCGUUGAACGUUAUAAAGGCAAGAACAUCUCCGUUGUUGCAGGAAUAGAAGCUCGAGGAUUUAUAUUUGGUCCUCCCAUUGCCCUGGCAAUAGGAGCCAAGUUUGUCCCCAUGAGGAAACCCAAGAAGUUACCUGGGAAAGUGAUAUCUCAAGAUUAUACGUUGGAGUAUGGAAGAGAUCGCCUGGAGAUGCAUGUCGGAGCCGUGGACGUCGGCGACCGGGCUCUGGUGGUUGAUGAUUUGAUUGCCACCGGUGGAACUCUGUGUGCGGCCAUGGAUUUAUUAGAGCGUGUCGGAGCAGAAGUGGUUGAAUGUGCAUGUGUGAUCGAAUUACCGGAAUUAAAGGGUCGUGAGAGAUUGAAUGGGAAGCCUUUGCAUGUGUUGCUGGAGUAUCAUCCUGAUGCUUGAGGAAUCAUUCAACACAGAAUUGAAGUCGUUUUUAAUUUUUGGAUGAUUCCAUAAAGUUAAAAAUCAAUCAGCCUGCCUUGUUUGGGCUUAGGCCCAUGCUUUGUAUUACCAACAAUCCAAUUAUUUGAGAACCCAUAUUUGUCGGGCUUUGUCUUAUUUCUGGCCCAAA